UCUACGAAGAGCGAAUAAUCUUCCAACGAUUCUACGUUUGGGUGAAGAAACAGCGAAUUUAAAACUAAAAAUAAAACUCGAACGAACUGAAAAUUUGUGCAAAAGUUAUGGCAAAUUGUGAAGAAAUAAAAAAAUAUCAUAUGCUUCGAAUUAGAAAGUAAAAUUUGGUAAUUAAUAGCAAAACAGUUUAGUGUCGCUGCUGCAUCUGCGUCAUUCGUUGGAAAGCCCGAGCAGAGAAGCAGCGAGAAACGAAUUGAGCGAUAAAACAAAAAAAGAGUGAAUAAAGUGCGUGUGAAUGUAAGUGCUUGUUGGGUGUUGUUUUUGCUUGUCAGCUAUUUGAACUACGGUAAAAGAAUUAGCGGAUUUUGAAAAGGAAAUAAACGAGAUAUCAAACAAAUACAAAAUCGAGAAAAGCUGAGCAGGGAAUUACUGCGCAAAGCAGAAGCCGAGAAGAGCAGUGAAAGAGAGACGAAAAAGACAUUGGAAUUUGUUAAUUCAUAAAUAAAGAUAGAGAUAGGCGGCGCGUUGCCGUUGCCGCACACUAUUUAUUUCUCUUACAAGAACCCAACACUGCAAAAACUCAAAUAUGGCGUAUCGCAAGCCUAACGAUUUAGAUGGCUUUAUACAAAUGAUGCCAAAAGCGGAUAUGCGAGUUAAAGCUCUGCUCGCCGAAGACUUGGUCACAUUCCUAAGUGAUGAGGCGAACUCGAUUGUCUGCAUGGAUAUGGGCAUGCUUGUGGAUGGACUGAUGCCUUGGUUAACUGGCAGUCAUUUUAAAAUAGCACAAAAAUCAUUAGAAGCAUUUUCAGAACUGAUCAAAAGGCUUGGACCUGAUUUUAAUGCGUACAGCGCAACCGUGCUGCCACAUGUGAUAGAUCGUCUGGGCGACAGUAAGGAUACAGUACGUGAGAAAGCCCAGUUGCUAUUACAGAUUGUGAUGGAAUACAAAGUGAUCUCACCACAAGCCACCAUUGAUAAAUUAGCGGUCGCUUGCUUCAAACAUAAGAAUGCUAAAGUACGUGAAGAGUUUUUGCAGACCAUUGUGAAUACAUUGAACGAAUACGGCACAUCGCAAUUGAGUGUGCGCACCUACAUACAGCCUAUCAGUGCUUUGCUAGGCGAUCCCACAGCAACGGUGCGGGAUGCGGCUAUGCAGACAUUAGUAGAAAUCUAUAAGCAUGUAGGCGAUCGCUUGCGUGUGGAUCUCCGCAAAAUGGAUGAUGUGCCCGCUUCGAAAUUAGCUGUGCUAGAACAAAAAUUUGAUCAGAUCAAAGCGGAGGGUCUGUUGUUGAAGUCGGCUCUUCUAACUAAUCCAUCCGUCAAUAAUGGGCACGAUGAGUCAGAUAAUGUGAGUGUUCGUGAUCGCCCGACGAAAAUUGUUAAACGCACUAUAUCUGCAUCAACACGAAAUAAGCCAAGUAGCGCGGAUUCAAGCGCAAGUGGUGAUGCCGGCGCCGUCACAAUGGAAAUAUUUGAAUCUUCCUUCGAAAUUGUGCCACAAUUAACUAUAUUUCAUCCAAAAGACAUGGACGACAUUUACAGGAAUAUUAUCGUUGUUAUUAGUGAUAAGAAUGCCGAUUGGGAGAAACGCAUCGAUUCGCUAAAGAAAGUGCGUUCACUCUUAAUGCUGAAUAUCCAUUCACAACCCCAAUUCGUGGCGCAGUUAAAAGAUCUUUCAAUUCCAUUUAUCGACAUACUGAAGGAGGAGUUGCGUUCACAAGUAAUACGCGAGGCGUGCAUUACAAUCGCAUAUAUGUCAAAGACAUUGCGCAACAAACUCGAGCCGUUCUGUUUGGCUAUUUUAGAGGCACUUAUCAAUUUGAUUCAAAAUUCGGCUAAAGUAAUCGCCUCAUCAUCGACAAUCGCUCUAAAGUACAUUAUCAAGUACACCCAUUCGUCGAAAAUAAUUAAACUCGUCACCGAGACACUGCUGCAAGCAAAAUCGAAAGAUAUACGCGCCGCUUUAUGUGAGAUGCUUUGCUUGAUGUUCGAUGAGUGGCAGACGAAAACUAUGGAGCGGUGUUCUCAGCAACUUCGUGAUGUGCUCAAACGAUCAAUAAGUGAUGCAGAUAACGAGGCACGUCGUCAUUCGCGUCGUGCUUAUUGGAAAUUUCGGCGGCAUUUCCCCGAUCUUGCUGACCAGAUCUAUACAACGCUAGACAUUGCGUCACAACGUGCGCUGGAACGAGAGCGAGAUGGUGGUAAUGUGCUCAUCGAGGCUGAGCGUCGCUCUGCAGCUGCGACAACACGUUUCCAGCGUUCACCAGGUUCACUACAAAAGCCAGCGGCUGGAAUGCGUAGUGUGUCUGCAGUAGACACUGCUGCUGCCCAACGUGCCAAAGCACGCGCACAGUACUCGUUUUAUCCUCGUAAAAAGUUAAGCACUGUUAGCAGCACUGCUGGAACAGUCAGCAGUACAGGUCCUGCAGCAACGGGAUCUUUACCGCGUCCACGGUAUAUGGGAGGUGUCACUCCGGCAGCCGCAGCUACAACUGCGCAGUCAAAUGUAGGUAUUUCGCCGCGUACUCGUGGCCGCGCUGGAGUAUCGCAGUCGCAGCCUGGAUCUCGAUCCACCUCACCCAGUUCAAAACUGCGAGAACAAUACGGAUAUAGACCUAUAACAGGUACUAUACCUAAAAAGGCCUCCGGUAUACCGCGCUCAUUGACCAGCUCGCGGGAAACCAGUCCCACACGCGUUGCCAUGAAACGGAGCAUUUAUUCGACAAAUAGCUCAAUGGGUUCAGCACGACGGACACCUGAGCGCAGUAAUUCGCGUCCACUAACUGCGACACGAAUUUUACAACAGAGUCGUGAGGCGGAAAACGCACUGGCCGACGCGCUUUCACCGGAAGGAGAACGGACUAUAGAUUAUGGCGAGUAUUCGCGUGGAUACACGGCUGGUUUGAGAAUGGGUCGAAAGUUGUUGUCGCGCGACGAGUCCGACGACUCCGAGGCAUCGUCGGUGUGUUCGGAGCGGUCGUUUGAUUCGUCAAUGACACGCGGCAACAAUUCGAACUAUUCAUUGUCAGGUUCACGUAACCGGCUUGACUGGAGCUGCACACGUGCACCAUUCGACGACAUCGACACUAUCAUACAGUACUGUGCUUCGACGCAUUGGUCCGAUCGUAAGGACGGCGUUAUCAGCCUAACUCAGUACCUGGACGAUGGCAAUCAGUUGACAGCGCAACAACUACAAGCUGUUUUAGACAUGUUCCGUAAACUAUUCAUGGAUCCACACACUAAAGUGUAUGCACUCUUUCUUGAUGCUGUCACCGAGCUGAUACAAACGCAUGCCAAUGAGCUUCAUGAUUGGCUGUUCAUAUUAUUGACGCGGUUAUUCAACAAACUUGGCACGGAGAUGCUCAACUCAAUGCACAUUAAGAUCGGCAAGACGCUACAUAUAGUACACCAAUAUUUCCCUACCGAUCAGCAGCUCAGGGACGUCUUCCGCAUACUCGCCGACACGGCGCAAACUCCUUGUACGAAAACCAAGAUAGCCAUAUUGAAAUUCCUCACUGACUUGGUGACCAGUUACUGCAAGUCCACCGAUUUUCCCUCCGACGAUGGACCAUUGGCGGUUGAUAAAGCUGUACUGAAAAUUGUGCAACAAGCUGGUGAUCCUAAGAGCAAGGAUCUGCGUGAUCAAGCGCGUAAAUGUCUUAUCGCCCUCUAUAAUCGCAGCACACCGCAGAUGACUAAGUUGUUGUCUAGCCUACCCAAGGGUUAUCAGGAUACUGCAAAGGCCAUUAUACAGACACAUUUGCGACGCAAUAGCACUUCCGGCACAAAUUCACCAUCCUCACCACAUUCAAGUGCCAGUCCCAAGUUACAGAGCCCAUCGCUUGGUCCAUUUUCGUCACUGCAGCCACAAUUUAAUACUAGUCCCCGCUCGCGGCAGUCGUCAGUCGACCACGAACUCUAUUCGGAAGCUGAUGUACAGCAUAAUAUCCAUAAAACUUCGGAAGAGAUACGAAAUUGCUUCGGUGUAGGUGUCGGCAUUGAGCCGGUCUCUAAUAAUACUCGUCAGUAUCAUUCGCUCUCGAAUGCCAACGGCUACAAUGGCUACGUGCACGACCAGCAAGACUCGUGCGCUUCUUCCAAUUCAAAGACCCAGUCAGCCACCACAACCGAAUCGAACACACCCGAAAGCACUACAAUGCGCUUAGACGCAAAUUUGUUAGAACAGCACCAACGUAUGACUACAAACGUUGGACUCUCUUCUGCAACAACUAACUCCAAUACAGCUGUGGUAAGUGGAACGACACAUCACGGUUCACGUUGCAAUUACACGGUCGCAUCGAAUGGUGAACUUGUGCUCGAAAGCGGCUUAACCGAAAGUGAAAUCAUACGCGUGGCAUGUGCACUAAAAGUAGAUAUGCCAGUGGAGCAACUUCAGCAAGGGCUCGCCAAUUUGGAGAUCUGCAUUAAAGGUGGAAACUGCGAGUUACCGAACAAACAUUUCCGCGCCAUCAUGAAGAUGUUGCUAGGACUGUUGGAUUCGCAAACAGCUGAUGUGAUGAUUGCCGUGAUAAGUGUGCUCGGCAAGAUAGUGCGCAGCACGAAAAUGAAGGAAACUUGGAUUAACUUCCUCGAACUAAUAUUGCUGCGUAUAAUAAACUGCUACCAGCACAGUAAGGAGACAGCGCGUGAAAUCGAUUUGAUCAUACCACGAAUCGUAUCAUCGUUGCCACUGAACGCCACCAUCAAUAUUGUAAAUCCUGUCAUUGCGACUAGUUGUUAUCCGAUGAACUUAUGUGCCGUCAAAUUGCUCACAGAGCUGGCAGACCGUCACGGUUCCGAGCUAACCGAAUUUCAUUUAGAUAGCAUAUUUCCGAAUCUGGCGCGCCUCACCGAUGACAGCGAAUCAAUGGUGCGGAAAGCUGCUGUUUUUUGUAUUGUCAAACUCUACAUAGUGAUGGGCGAGGAAAAGGUGAAGCCGAAGUUGUCGGUGUUAAAUCCAAGCAAAGUGCGCUUGCUCAACGUGUAUAUAGACAAGCAGCGCGGCAACAGUGGCGGUGGCAGUUCAACGAAAAAUUCAUCAGCAUCAUCGUCAUGAUUGCGUCGUGCACAGACGACGCGUGAAGAAGUGGAAACAGACGGACGGCAAUUGCAACAACAAUAACAAUACCAGCACUAAAAAGAAGACGGUAGAACACUACGGCAGUGAGCCCGUUGUUAUGGUUUGGCCAAGGGCCGUCGACUGUGGGUGGUGUGUAUGUGUACGUACGUAUAGUAUUUGUUGAAAUUUUAUUAAUGUAGGUAAACGCAUUAAAUGCAAUACUAUAACACAAAAAAUGCAACUUGCAGUGGUGUCAAAGUGGAGUUAAUGGAAUUGGUAGCGAAGUUAAUUUUUUCUCAGAGCCUUUACUUAAAAAACAAAAAAAAUAUAAAUAUAAUUGAAAAUGUUGUAUACGUAUUUAGCGCAAUCGUUAGUUUAUGUGACGGGAUAAUUUCAAGUGACUGUAACUGAUAAUUACAGUACUACUUAUUUGUCUGUAUGUGUAUAUAGUUUAGGUGUUAAAAAAUCGUCAGUCACAAAAAAGUGAGCAGUAAUGUUCGUAUUUUGUUCAAAAUUGUUAAGCAACAACUAAAAUUAUUUGUUGAAACAAUAAGAGCCAGUCUUUUUCCAAAAUUCCAUUGCAUUUAUUCGCGAGUUAUAUUCGACUCCACUUUGGCUAAAGCGUAAAGGCAUAUGUUAUAAAAGACGCCUUGGCGAGUUCGCGUUUGAAAUUUAAAUAUGUAUUUGCAUACUUUUGCUUACAAAACCAAAAAACAAAAAAUGUAAAUUUACACACAAAAACCUAUUAAUUAAUUGAUAACUAAUUGUAAUUUGUUAGUUAUAAUUAUAUUUAAUUAAUACGAAUGGUAAAACAACAAAACAACUAAGCUGGAAAUUAUUUAUCUCGCACAUUCUUCUCCCCUGAACUUAUACACUUUUUACAUUACUACGCCCAUCAGAUUUCCUAUCAACAAAGCGACAACUAAUUUGCAAAUUCUUCCUAGCGACCAUUCAUUCGGACUUGAUCUACUAAACUCAAAAUGUAUCUGUUUGUAAAUCCCGUCUUCACACGCCUGUAUGUAUGUAUUGGUUUAUAAUUUCCCAUACAUCACUAUUUUUAACUGUGUUUUAAAUGUUUAGUUUUAUGAUUUCGUAAUUUCUUGCAUAUUUUGCGCGUUUUUUAACCAACACUCUUUAAUUACUUGUCUUACAUGUAAUUAUAAGUUUAAUGAUUUUCUAAAAACUAUAUUUCGACAUUUUACACAAACGAAUACAUUGAUGUUAAAUGCAUACAAGUAAUAAAAAUAUAUUUAGUUUUUAGUUGCUCUAAUCCUACAUCUAAGUUAUAUGCAUACUUUAUUAACUUAUACAAUAUUUUAGUAAAAGUGGAAACUUUCGUGUAUUUUUUGCAAGAAAAAAUUAUUAAAAAGUAAAUAAAAGUAACUUAACCGAAAAUAUUCAGCUAUAACUUUUUCCUCUCCCGUGGACAAAAUUUUAGCUUAGCAAAACGUUUUCCAAAAUGUGAAAAUGCGUUGUGUUAGCGUUAGAAAAACGAAAAAGUUAGGGUUAUAACUAAGUAAUAGAACAAGAGAAUCUACUAUCAUUUACUUCAGCCGGCUUGGUAGCGUUUUUUAUAUUCCCAUUCAUGCAAUGCAUAUUUAAUCUUGAUACUCUUGAAAUAUUGAAAUAAGUGCAGCAUCAGAUCUUUGCUUGAAUGCAGUGCUUCAUAAAAAAUACUAAUAACACAAGUGUAAACAAAAAAAUAUAUAUACAUAUAGUAUAUAUAAACAAAUAGAGAAAAAUUAAGCAGUAAUAGAUAAUAUACACAAUAUAAGUAAUGCAAAUAAAUUAAAACUAGAAAUAUAUAAAUACGUAUUUAAAUUUCGUUAUACACUUGAUAUUAAUAUAUAUGUAUGUACAUGAGAAAGUAAUUCGAAAGAUCCAAGAAUUAAAGCUAAAUAGUAUGCAACACGUUAAUAAUAACAAAAUACAAUAUAUAUGUAUGUAAAAACAACAAAAGCUCUAGUAGAAAUGGCAAACAUAUAACCGAAUUAACUAUACGCUAACGCGCCAUGUGUACGAAGGAAGCGCAUUUUAAUGUAAUUGGAAAUUAUUUAUAACAAUUGAUAAAUUCAGACACACAAAUUUGAAGUGAGAAAUCAUUAAUAAACAAAAAAAAACAUUAAUAUGCGAGGUAAACAAAUAUUUAGACUAGCUUAGUUUUUCAAAAUAAUUGAAAAUUUAAUAA